CGUCUUUCUGCUGAGCUGUGAUCGUGAUACAACGGGUCCUGUUUUAAUAACUUUUGUUUUCAUUUUCAGUACAAAGCAAAAAAAAGGCAAACAAAUAGUGUUCAAAUGCUAGUGACUCAAAAGAAUAUUUCCUUGAUAGAAACAAACGGCGUCAACGGACGGUAAUGAGCUGGGUUUCCCGACAUAAAGACUCAAAGUCUUUGAAAACCAAAGCAAGGCUAAAAGCCUUACAACAGUUCCCAUCCAGGGGUUUGACAUUUCAUCAGGCUGUCAAAAGCCCCAACCCAAACAUAAACAAAACCCAUCCAAACACAAUUUCCCACACUACUCGCGCAAUCCCAAAGACCCAAAAAAUGGGGAAAAAUAAGCAUGGAAAACGGAAGCAGUACCUCAACAACGUGGACGUUCCCGUAUCGAAAACGACCGCAAACGUGCUGAAAUCAUCUGCCGGUGAAAAUGUGCUACCACCACCGCCGGCUAAAUCAAUCCUGAAACCGUCCGUACCUGCAUCUUCCACCCGACCAUCCUCAAAACUGCAAGCUCCGUCGGCUACAACUUCCGCCGGAGCAGGAGCUUCGGCAGCGACGUCCGGUGCUGGUGCUACGAAAUACAAACAACCGGAACUGCACACAACGCUCGGUCUUAGUAAACGAAUCGAGACGGUCCAGAAGAUGGAAGCUCCCUCGAUUAACAGCAUCGGCCAGCUGACCCCGAGCAGUAAAAAGCGCGUAAAUGCUAUGGUCACGAAACAUCUGAACCAUCUGUACGACCAGGUCGUGUUUAAGAAGCUGGCACCGGUGAACGUGAACGAUACGGUGCUGGUGCCGACCACCCGCAACCGGCUCGGUGACGCCAAGGCCCGGUACGUGUUCAAGGACAAAAAAGACCCGGAACCGGUGCUGAGCGACUAUCUGCGCCCGAUACCGCCGUUUACGUUUCACUUUGUGCCGCACAUUCCGACCGCCCAGCUGGGCCGCGUCGCUGCCGGUGACUCGUGGAACAACUUCCACAACAUCGAGUACGUCAUGCGGAUUAUGGAGGAGCACUGAGCAGGGUGAGGUAGGCAACACAUGAUCGCUAGGAGUUUUCUAUUUUUAUGAGCAUUUAUUGAAUUGAUUGGGGGGAGGGGUUGUUUCCACGGAAACGAACAUUUGUGGAACCGUAAUUGUUGCAAUACAAACAUGUACGAAUUAUCCGCAUCGUCUUGUUCACCAUUAGGCGACCGACGGAGAGCGCUAAGAUACAUUCAGCGGUGCUACCGUGUGUUGGGUGUGUUUGUUUUAUUUUCUAUUUUGAAGUAUUGUUAGCAUGAUUUAGUAUCUCUUACUUGCAUUAAUUUUGAACUAUUCCUCUUCCUUACACCUUCAAUAUACUCUCGACACACCAUUGCCUCACCAUCAUCACUCUCAUCACAGCUGUUCUAUGUUUCGUACGGUUUUGCCAUCACUGCCAUUUCUUCACCGUUUACAGAUAAAUUAAAAGGCCAUUUUUUGGCUUAAUGCAAAACACACACAUACCAACAUAGGUACUUGCAAGUACUAGCAGCUGCUGGAAGGCUUAAAUGUAGAAGAGAAAGUUACUUUAAGGAAUCAAAAAUAAGGGAAGAGAGCAAAAGAAACAAUCAGUAUACACGUACACGUAAUUCGAAUUGUGUUAUCGAAUAAAAAAAAAAACAAUGCGCACCUUCCUAUAUUAACCUUGAGUUGUUCACAGUCACAUGCAAUUGCCGUUAGUUUCAUCACUUAGCUUCAUUUUUUCCCGGGGUUGAGGAAGAAUAACGGGAACUGAGUUUCCCUGCUUGCCCAACCCAAAACCCGAUUCUCUCUGUCCGAUUACCGAUUGAUUCCGAUUUUAGCACAUCGUUCGAGUCUUUCUGGUUAUAUUUUAUGUUUUUUUUUUAACGUGGGAGACAUACGACAAAGGUUUUCUAUCAUUCUAUCAUCAUUAAUACACAUACGUUUCACUUCCGCAACCCGGUUCGCUCGCUACGUUAACAUUCCGUUACGUUUUUUGGAGUAAAGUAUUUUAAAUUGCAAGUUUAGAUUUCUCAAUGAUCGCUCCACUUCUCUUGAUCUCACCGUAAAUUGUAUGCUUCGCGAAUUGCUUCGUUUUAGACAUUAUUUCCUUCUUCAACGGGGCCCACACGUGCACUAAAAAUGAUACAAAAAUGAUAUAAACAAAAAGCUCAAUACACUCAGCAGGUACGAGAUCUUUAUCAGAGAGCGGGAAACAAAAAUGAUAAAACCAAAAUUACAACACUAACCACACAUUUUAUUGAGAACAUUAAACCCAGCAGAAAUUAAUUGUAAAGAAAACAAAAAUAAACGUUUAUCUUCUUUGUUGGAAGAAUGAAUAAAAGAAAACUGUAAAACUAUAAAAUUAAUGCAAUUAAAGUAGCAAGUAAUAAAUGAAAGGUAAAAACAACGAGACAGUGUGAGGACCGUCCGUCGGCCCACACACUUCCCUACGUCAUGAUACUUUUUUUGUAUGAGAAACUAACAAUAACUAAAAGCAUAAUCAACAAAAACUGUUACCAGUUGUGCUGUGCGUUUGCUAAAGGAAGAUAAAUCCGUGUCGUGCACACGUAAAACCUGUUCCGAAAUCUUUCCUCCCGAACCACAAGCCCUAAGAAUGGUUGAAUAAACUAACUUCCUAAAGCUUGAUUUGCUUUCCAUUUGGGAAAUAGGUUUCCCUCUCUUAUUAAUAAUAAUUCUUUUUUUUUUUGUUGCUCCAUGUCAGACACGGUUCAUUUUUUGUUGUGUUUUUGCACAUUUGCAGUGUGCUUUUUAAAAGUUUUUUUUCUGGCUUCACAUUUUCUAGUAAGAUUCUGUGUUUUUUUUUUGUGUAAUGCUUUUUUUUCUUUAAUUAGUAAUCUAUUAUUUUCUGUUUUUUUAAUGCUUUCAUAGUAUUUCAAUCAUUUAAUUAUGUGCGGGGUUUCUCGUCCCCUGAAUGGAUUUCCCUUUAAACUGAUGCAAACUGCGUUGCGAUUUUUGCCUUCGGCUUUGCAACUUCCUAUAGUUUUUGCUAUAGAGAACAUGUAUGUAUAUAUUUGUGUGUGCUUUUUUAAUAAUUAUCUCUUAUUAAUGUACUUUUCUUGAUUGCAUGGUAUAGAGAAAAGGAUAAAGAGUGUUGCAAAAAAAAAAUAAAAAUAAAAA